GCGCGAGAAAGGAACAGGUAGGGAUCGUAGAUGGAGCAGGUGAUAGAGAGGAUGCAACACGAGGUGUCUGGCGUACCUGUCCGCACGGUCAAGUCAUUCAUGACGAAGAUACCGAGCGUAUUCACAGGUGCUGAUUUGAUCAACUGGAUGAUGAGGAACCUGGACGUAGAUGACCAGACCGAGGCGCUGCACUUGGCGCAUCUGAUGUCGUCGCAUGGCUACAUAUUCCCGAUAGAGGAGCACGUACUCACCGUGAAGGCCGAUGGAACGUACUACAGGUUUCAGAAACCCGUUGAUUGCCUUUCGUUUCCAGAUCUUGGGUCUUCUACAUGCCGCGGAUUCCACUAA